GGCUGAGAUUCUGAGACUACAGUCAUCGCCUUCCCAAUCGUACCCAGUCAAAAGUUGCAAAAUUGUCCACCGUCUUGUGGCGAUAUGGCUGAAGCUGCCCUUCAACAACAGCCUGAGCGGUGCAAACUCUGCAGCAACCUCGUAAUUGAUGACAACGAGCCGAGGGGCACAGGGCUCCAUGGAGCGCCCUACGUCUCGUAUCUUGAGGGGAGUCACAAGAACGGGUGUCGGUUCUGCGGCUACCUGCUACAGAUCCAGCACCUUUUCGGCAUCUUUGUACGGUGGAACUUCAACGGUGAUAGCUACUCAGGUUACUGCGAUCGUCCGACCUUUGAAACCCUCAAAAUCAGUAACCCCACUUGUCCGACGUCCAGGGGGGAGCGAAUCCUUGUCCGGCCAUUCCAAGUACACCAUAAAGCGCUCGAGAUAUAUCGAGAGCACUCCGGUCUGCCGAGCCCAUUUGGCAAACCGAUCGCCGUCGGUGAACGGACAGACUCGGCGUCCACCUGGAUAUUCCUCCAGGACUGCCUCACGUGGUGCGCAACACAUGCAUCCUGUGCUCAAGAGGGACCACUUCGCCUCCCCACCCGACUCUUGCACUUUGAUUCAUGUUCUGCAGGAGUCGUCUCUCUCGUGGAAACCAAGCAGGGUGAUGCGAUGCCCUAUGUUGCACUUAGCCACUGCUGGGGCGGCGACCUUCCCGUCAAGCUCACGACCGCCAGCUACAAGUCCUUCCGGAGCGGACUGCCGCGGGAAUGCCUCCCCAACACGUUCCAAGAUGCCGCUACUGUCGCAGCUCGUUUCGACAUCGCGUACAUCUGGAUCGAUGCCCUCUGCAUCAUCCAAGACGACGCAGGUGACUGGGUCCAGGAAGCUGCGCAGAUGGCUCAUGUCUACAGCAAUGCGCACUUCACCAUAUCCGCAGCGUCCUCGAAAGACGGCUCUAUCUCAUUUCUGAAGCAGCAGAGGACUAUGCCACUGGUCCUUGGCUUAGAAGACGAUACCGGCCACCUCGACAGUCCACCAGAGCAGCUCCUAGCACGGAAGCGGUUUGAGACGGGCAUCCACUCGUAUGGCAAGGCGUUCGACGCUACCCUCGAUCCAACCGAUCUCCGCGGCUGGAUCAUGCAAGAAAAAGUCCUCUCGCGACGCACAAUGGUCUUCUCGUCGGAUGAAGUCCAGUGGGAGUGUCGAAAAGCUCGAGUAUGUGAAUGCUCGGGCAUCACGCCCUGGGACAGCAAUAUCGGCCAACCAAUGCACGGGACGGCAAGGGAGGAGCCGCGCAAGGGGUCUCACGGACCAGGGUCGCUCGAGAUCUGGCGCAGGUCUAGCCCCGGGCAGAGGCAUGAGAGCUGGAACACUCUAAUCUCGGAUUAUACGCUCCGGUCUCUGACCAAAGAGACGGAUAAGCUGGUGGCAUUCGCUGGCAUGGCUAGGAAGUUUUCUUUGUACGAAAAUUCAGCCUACUACGCCGGCAUCUGGCAAUCCACACUGCCGGCUGGAUUGUCUUGGUACGUGUAUCAGCACUACCGCGUCCGGAGCCUGCUGCCACAGAGCUACAUUGCGCCUUCGUUUUCCUGGGCGUCUGUCAAGGGGAAUGUCGACAUCAUGCCGGCGAUAGCUUCUGAAAGCUUCAACGCUUGCGCCCUUAUUAACAAGGUCGAUGUAUCCCUCGCCACAGCGGAUCCAUUUGGCGCAGUGCGGUCUGGAUCGAUCACGCUCGCUGGCAUCCUCAUGACCGGCGAGAUGCGUUACAAUUCCUCUUGGGCGGGGAUACGGGUCAAUCGCAAGUCCGGCAAUCCCGGGGCCUACACGGUUAGCUUCAAGGGUACCGUGGCGUUUACGGACGACCAACAAUUGCCUCAAUUCUUCCACGACUGCGAGCUUGUCCCACGAGGCAGCAGUGCCGACGCGGACGGCGAACAAGCCACAGUCGGGCGGUCAAUCGAAGCGAGCCCAACAUCGUGGGGCCCAAGCACGGUAUAUUUGCUCCCGGUCUGCAUGGCGGCGGUCUCGACUACGUCUCCAUAUGUCGGUAUGCACGGCCUCGUGCUAGGGCGGCGGUCCGGCGGCAGCAGCUUCGAGAGGCUUGGACUGUUCCCGUUUGGCUUUGGGGGGUUGCAAUUUGACGACAUGACAACCUAUCAAGAGCAAAUUAUCAGAAGCUUUGCCGCAGCGGGGACGUUUCAGGAGGUUGUCAUCGAAUAGGGUCAUACUUCAAGAGUUUGCCCGUCCUUCAUUUCCCUCCAGAAUGACGUCCGGCCUUAGACAUCCAUUAGACAGCUGUCAGCCCACUUCCUCGGUGUGAUACCGCCCUUCAUCCUACCUGGGCGCAGCACCCAGAGGAGGAGCCGGCUCCGGCUCCCUCCCGUAAUCUUAUAUUGUUUGCGAAUAGCUUCAUUCUAUAAGGCGUUGUUUAAGUUGCCACGUCCUACUUAUAUAGGGCACCACCGGAAUUUUCCGUUGCCAGAGGUGUUCCGAAUAUUGGUUGACAAAUUCGACCACGGCUACGUCCCUGUGGAGGUCGAUAAGAAGAACUGGGAGGCCUGUUGAGUGUUCCCUACACCUCACGCACCUGAAGUACUAGCGAAUUCUAGCCGUCAACACCUAGACGACCGGGGCCUACGACGGCGUACCAGCAUCUAUUCAAGUUCUCG